AUGGCCCGCGUGAACCACCUUCCUUCCCACGACCACGCCCGUGCCCACGCCCACGCCCACCACCACACGGCGGCCAGCAAGGGCCAAAAGACAAAAGUCAUGAGCGUCUACUUGUGGCAAUGCCACAUCUGCGGCCUGGAUGGCAUGGAGGCCGUGACGCAGAUGCAGUGCGCCAACUGCGUCCACGUGCGGUGCCCAGACUGCCUCGUCGAGGCCACGCCCGUCUCCGAUUGA